AAGUUAAUGGCUAUAUAGGCCCUGACCAUCAAAGCUUCCCUUUUGAUUUUUUCCUCUUGAAAGAUCAAACUGAUUUUUAAAAAAAGAAAGAAAAGAAAAGAUAUUAAGUGUUUGAUUUUUCCACGUCUGCCUUUUUGUUAUUCAAUUUGAAAAUUACUUGGGUCCAUCUAGUAACAUGGUAUCAGAUUUAACAUCCUCAGACACCACUUUCAUUAUAUUCUCAUGUGUAGAAAUCCUCAGUGUUUCCUUAUGGGUAAAAUUCAAACUUUGAGCUUGGCCAUCAAGGCCUUGCAACCUGGUCCCUAAUUCCUUUUUCAGUGCUAUGUUCAAGCACAUCUGAGAUUUGAGGAGGACAACUAAUAACACCCCUGUUCUCCUGCACCUGUGCACUUAUGAUGAAGCCAGUAGGAGAAUGUGGCAUCAAAUAUGAACCCAUGGAGGUCUGCUAAUCCCUAACCUCUGUGUUAGCCCUGCUUGCCCACCUCCUCACUGCCAUAGCUGGACAACCUCAGGCUUCCCCUGCAGGAGUAGACCCCCAAAGAAUGUUCCCUCAAUGCUCACCAGCAAGUUUGAAAGCAGCAGCACUUGCUUGGGCCUUUCUUUAAAAUCUAGCAAUUAAAUAACUCUCUACUCGAGUGAAAAGGAGAGAGAGGCCAGGAGUGGUAUUCUAACAGGCUUUCUCCACAUGCAAAUAGGAGACCAGGGGAAUAGAGACUCCCAUUAACAUGCCUCGACAAAAAUCUUAUUAAAAAAUGUCUACUCCUGGCAGAUAGGUUUCUUUAUGGGUCCUUGAAUAUGUAUGGCUUAUUCCCACCUUUGUGUGAUUAGUUACACUGUUGCUCUACAUUCUCAGUCUAUUCAAAUCAUACAUGUCCUUCAUGGCCCAACUUGUAUCCCACCUUUACCAUAAAACAUUCACCAACCAAGCCACCUGAGUAUAGCUCCUCUGACCUGCUGUGCCAUUUAUUUUUAAUUCCACUCACUUGGUUUUUAACCACUUUCUGUCAUAUAUUAUUAUUUGCCUAAUAGUUGCAGGUGUACAAUGUGUUUAUCCUAAUAAUUGCAAGUUUUUUAAAGGCAGGGAUCAGGUCUUACAUUGCUUUGUAACUCCUAUUAUACCUAGAAUUGAGUUUUAUACAUUAUAUAUAUUUAAUAAAUAGUUGUUGGUUGAGUGAAAGAAAAUAUUAAGAGAUUCUUCCUUCUCUGUUUAACAAUUACAUUUUGAUUUUCAGUAUUUAGAAAUGAUGGAAUUAGAUAUAGGAGAUGCUACCCAAGUUUAUAUAGCAUUCUUGGUUUACCUGGACCUCAUGGAGAGUAAAAGUUGGCAUGAAGUAAACUGUGUGGGAUUACCAGAUCUCCAGCUCAUCUGCCUUGUAGGUACUGAGAUAGAAGGAGAAGGGUUACAGACUGUGGUGCCUACAUCCAUCAAUGCUUCUCUCAGCCAUAACAGAAUAAGAGAGAUCUUGAAGGCGUCUCGAAAAUUGCAAGGUGAUCCAGAUUUGCCGAUGUCUUUUACUUUGGCCAUAGUGGAGUCCGAUUCCACAAUAGUCUAUUAUAAACUUACUGAUGGAUUCAUGCUGCCAGACCCUCAGAAUAUUUCCCUUAGAAGAUGACACCUAUACUUCCCGGUGCUCACUUUGUUCAUACAAGAUUGGACUUGAGACCCAUCAACCUGCUUAAUCUUUUAUCUCAGAGACAGUCAGGGUUGACUUAGCUGGUCCCAUUCCAUAAAUUUUUUUCUAAAGUAUAAAACUUCCCCAGAUAGGAGAAAGUUUUGUUGUUCAAAAAUAUGGGGUAGUUGCUCUAAAACUUUCUUAUCUGGAGACAGUUUAAUUACAGUUGUGUACAAGUUUAUACCUGGGGUGGAAUUUGUGUUUUUUCUGUCAUACUCCACUCAUAGCUGCCAGCUCAUCCUCGAGACUGCCACUCUUUCCCUCACUCAGCCCUCUCAAUGCCUUUGGCCACUGCAGCUAGCUUGGAAUGCCUUUCAUAUGCACCUUGAUACCUGGAGAGUUUACUUCAGUCUGCUUUUUCAUCCCAAUAGAAAGUAAAAUAUUUAUUUUAAUUGUUUUUAAUGUUGCAAUUACUGUUACAUUCCUCUUUGGUUUACUUUAAGUCAGAACUAUAAAUAGGGUCAUCCAGAGUGUAAACUUACAUGUCUGGAUUAAUAAGGACCAGAGAUGUGCUACCUAUGAGAGUAUUGAGCCUUUCUUUCCUUCUUAUUACCACAACCCUCUGUCAUAGACUUUUACAACAGAAGUAGUGGGGGACAGUGUCAGCCUUAAAAACAUUGUUAGGCGGUAGACCCAGUUAUUCCACUCUUGUUAUAAUAUAUUCCAAUUAAGUUGCCUAAAGUAUAAAAAUCAUCUGCACAAAGAUGUUCUAAGUAGCAUUACUUGUAAUUGCCCAAAUUAUAAACUACUUAAAAGUUUAGGACAGGGGUUAAUAAACUUUUCCAGAAAGUAAAUAUUUUAGGCUUUGCAGGCCAUAGAGUCUGUGUCACAUCUCAACUCUGCAGUUUGUAGCACAAAAAUAAUAAACAAUAGGUAAACAAAUCUGCAUGGAUGACUGUGUUCUAAUAAAACUUUACUUACAAAUGCAGGCCCAUAGUUUGCCAACCAUAUAUAUAUCUCCAAUGAAUGGUAUAUUAUGUACUCAUUGAAAAUUAGUAAAGAAUAUAAUGAACAUGAGAAAAUAUUAAGUAAAAAAAAGCAAGAUAUAUAAGUGUAUGAAUGGGUAUGAUUGUGGCUAGAAAUAACACACCCAGCAUAUAAUAAAAAAUUGACAAAUUACUAACUGUGGUUAUAUAGGAUGGCAGGCAGAAAAAGGGUGAGUUGGUCUUUUUUCAAUAUUUCAGUUUUUCUUUACUUGUGUUACUUUUAUAAUAAACGUUUCUGAAAAGUA